CCUGGCAGCUGUCUGGGGCUGGCUCACUCUCACUGACGUGUCGGGAGCUAGUUGGGCAGAAGAAAUCUGGCACCACAGCAUAAUAUGAAACCUUAGAUCACGAGGGCAGAACUUGUUCAGACUGAUUCUAUGAAUACGUCUGUGUGUGGGGGGGGGCACCUAUCAUGGGAGGAGAACUACCUUGGCUUUUGGUAAAUGAAAUUGGUGGCAUACGUGGGAUACUGCAUAGCCAUGUGCCAUUCCUGAAGAAACAUUUCCAUCUCAUCACCAUGAAGGAAUUUCUUGAAAACAGAAAGGAUGUAGGCAAAAAGGUCCAAGCAAUCUAUUUGUGGUGGCACAAACCAGUCAUCGACAAAGAGCUGCUCCAGAGCCUGCCAAACUUAAAAGUGAUUGCGAAUUCGGGGGUGGGGAUGGAUCACUUGGAUCUGAAGCUUAUAGCUAGCUUUGGUGUGAAGAUGGCUAAUGCUCCACGUGCUGUUUCCAGCACCACAGCAGAUACUGGGAUGGCUUUGCUGCUAGCAUCUGCUAGAAGACUCGUGGAAGUCCAUAACAUUUCAAUUUCUCCUAGUAUGGACUACUGUGAAGCUGAUAUUCUGGGAGUUAAAGUUUCUGGAGCUACUCUGGGGAUCAUUGGCAUGGGCCGCAUUGGGUAUAAGAUUGCUGUGAGAGCCAAAGCAUUUGAAAUGAACAUUUUGUAUCACAACAGGACACGGAGGAAAGUGCAAGAGGAGCAAGCUGUCGGUGCCACUUACUGCAAAAAGAUAGACAACUUGCUCCAGCAGGCAGAUUUUGUGAUGCUGGUGGUGAGCCUGACACCUCAGACACACAAGCUGAUCGGGAAAAGAGAGCUGGAGCUGAUGAAACCCACAGCUACCCUGAUUAACAUCAGCCGAGGUGCAGUAGUUGACCAAGAGGCGCUGGUGGCAGCUCUGCAGACCGGUGUUAUCAGGGCCGCGGCUUUGGAUGUCACCUCCCCAGAACCACUGCCCAGAGAUCAUGCAUUGUUAAAAUUAAAAAACGUCAUUAUAACACCUCACCUCGGCAUUAAAACAGACAAGGCCACCUACAUGAUAACAGAGGAAGCAGUUGAAAACAUACUAGCAGCCCUAAAUGGUCUCCCUCUACCCAGUGAAGUGCUCCCUAACUAAUGUGUGAAAGGAUAUUACGUAUCUUUUUAUUCUUCUCUUUGUCUUUUUAUUCUUAUCUUUCCCCUGCACAUCAGCUCUAAAGAUCUUUUUAAAUACAAGAAUGUCCAUACACCUCACUAAAGCUUGGAAGGAAACAGUU